CUAACACCGUUAUCACCAUGCGCCCCCCGCUCCGAAUCGCCGUCUUGGAAUGCGACAAGCCAGCGGGCAGUCUCGAUGCCAAGUAUAACGGCUACUAUGGGGUGUUUUCGCUUUUGCUGCGCGAGAGCGCAGAGGCCUUGAGGCAGCCGGACAGGCUGGACCCCACGUCCGGAUUCGAUAUCUCGCGCUGGGACGUGGUGACUAAACAGGAGUAUCCCAACUUGGAGGAUGUAGAUGCUCUUCUUUUGACUGGAUCCAAACACAACUCCUACGACAACCAUCCCUGGAUUAUCAAGCUUGUGGAAUACACAAGAAAGGCGAUUGAGCAUAACCGUGUCAAGAUACUGGGUAUCUGCUUCGGACACCAGAUCAUCGCGCGAGCGUCUGGGAUGAAGGUCGGCAAAAGUGGCGUGGGAUGGGAGAUCGCAGUGUGUGACAUGGAUUUGAGUGAUCGGGGUAAGGAAAUAUUCGGCAAGGAGAAACUGCGCAUCCAGCAGAUGCAUCAGGACAUUGUCUUCGACUGCCCCCCGAAUGCCACCUGCCUCGGCUCGUCGCCACAAUGCGCGAUCCAAGGGAUGUACCUGCCUGGUCAUUACAUUACGGUGCAAGGACAUCCCGAGUUCAGAGAAGACAUGGUGACGGAGAUUAUCGGUCUCAGAAUGGCAAGCAGUGUCUUCUCAAAAGAGGUAGGCGAAGAAGCUUUGAAUAGGGCCGUGAAGGAACACGAUGGCGUCGCAAUCAUGGCCACCUUUUUGGAUUUUCUGCUGGACGACAGCAAAUAAAUUGCUUGACAUAGAUUGCGUUUGGGAGGAUUUUGAUACCUUUGAUAGAAGCAACCCUUUGAAGAUAUAUAGACAGCGAUCCUUCAAUUAA